AUGCUGUCGAGUAAACUCGUUGCUUGCUCGGCUGGCCGCUCCGUCCAACGUAUUUCGCGCACCUUUCUUCCUGCGAUGCGAGGCGUUGCCACCAAGGCCGCUGCCGGUCCAUCGCGCCAAUCCGCCCUUUCAUCCUACUCGAUCGCUGCUGUUACCGCCAUUGGUGUUGGUGCAUCCUUCUAUGCACUGCAAUCACGAUCCUCAGCUAUCCAGUGCGAGCCCCGCCAAGCAUGGCACGACCGUCUCAAGCCAAAGGAGGCCAAAGGCGAUGCUACACUCCACAAGGAUGCCCAUACUCGUCAUGCCCCUGCUGAAGUGCAGGACGAACGAGUCGAGCCGGUCGAAGAGACGCCUGUAGCAAUUGAGGUCGCUGUCGAGGAAUCCGAGGAGCAGACAGGCCAACAGUCUGCAUACGAUCCCGAGACCGGCGAGAUCAACUGGGACUGCCCGUGUCUCGGCGGCAUGGCACACGGUCCGUGCGGAGAACAGUUCAAGCUUGCUUUCUCCUGCUUUGUUUACUCCGAAGCUGAGCCUAAGGGCAUUGACUGCGUAGACAAGUUCAAGGCCAUGCAAGACUGCUUCCGCGAGCAUCCGGACGUCUACAAGGAUGAGAUUGAGGAUGACGAGGCUGCGAAUGCUCAGUUCGAGAAGGAAGAGGCGAAUGCAAAAAGCAAUGGUCUCAAUGACGCAGCACAAGAGGCUGUAGAGGAAAGCAGCGGAGGCAAGGAGGGCGCAUCUGCAUAG